AUGGUUAAGGAGACUAAGUUUUACGACUCUCUGGGUGUUUCCCCAGAUGCCUCUGUUGAUGAAAUCAAAAGGGCCUACAGGAGGCUUGCUUUGAAGUACCACCCUGAUAAGAAUAAGGAUCCCGGUUCACAGGAGAAGUUUAAGGAGGUUUCCGUUGCCUAUGAAUGCCUUUCAGACCCUGAAAAGCGCAGCCGGUACGACCAAUUUGGCGAAAAGGGGGUUGAAAUGGAAAGUGGUGGAAUUGACCCCACAGAUAUCUUUGCAAGUUUUUUUGGUGGAAGCCGUGCUCGUGGGGAACCAAAACCAAAAGAUAUUGUUCAUGAGCUGCCUGUGUCUCUUGAAGCUUUCUAUACAGGAAAGACGAUUAAGUUGGCAAUUACACGUGAUCGCUUGUGCCCGGCAUGUAACGGCUCCGGUUCCAAGGUUCCGAACGCCAGCGUCACUUGCAAGGAGUGUGACGGUCGAGGUGUUAAACUUAUCACGCGUUCUAUUGGUCCCGGGUUCAUUCAACAGAUGCAAGUGGCAUGCCCCAAAUGCCGCGGAAAGGGUACUGAUAUGAGGGAGGAAGACAAGUGCGACAGUUGCAGGGGCCAGCAGAUCAAGAAGGAUAAAAAGAUCUUUGAAAUUUUCGUGGAAAAAGGUAUGCAUCGUGGAGACAAUGCGACAUUUCGGGGCGAAGGUGACCAAAUCCCAGGAGUCCGACUCUCAGGUGAUAUCAUUAUCAUCUUUGAACAAAAACCACAUCCUGUUUUUACGCGUAAAGGGGAUCAUCUUGUCAUGGAACGCACCAUCUCUUUGGCGGAGGCGCUCACGGGGUUCACAUUGAACAUAAAGCAUCUGGACGACCGUGAUGUUUCAAUUACAUCUACUGGCGUUGUUGAUCCCUCCAAACUGUGGUGUGUGAGCAGGGAGGGUAUGCCUAUUCCCAACACUGGUGGCGUCGAACGCGGAGACCUUGUUGUUAAGUUUCACGUCGUUUACCCAAGUGCCCAGAGUCUGCAGUCUAAUGAAAUUUCCGAUCUGCGUAAGAUUCUUCACUAUCCUCCACAGCAGUCUCCGCCUCCUUCUGCUAUGCUGUGCCAUUUGUCAGAAACUAACAUUGAUCUCGAGAAGGAAGCUAAGCGUCGUCGACAGACAGGUGGCGAUGAUGACGACGACGCACCACAAGGGCACACUGGCGCGACUUGUACGCAACAGUAG